AUGUCGUUGCUUGCUCCUUCCGGAUCUGAGGCGGUUAAGAUCAACCAGAUGAGACGCGACUCCACCGUGUUGGGUCCCAUGAACAAAAUUCUCGUGGCCAACAGAGGAGAAAUCCCAAUUAGAAUCUUCAGAACCGCCCAUGAGUUGUCAAUGCAAACCGUGGCUAUCUACGCCCACGAGGACAGAUUAUCCAUGCACAGAUUGAAGGCCGACGAGUCCUACGUCAUUGGCAAGAAGGGUCAAUACUCACCAGUGCAAGCCUACUUGCAAAUCGAUGAGAUUAUCAACAUUGCCAAAAAGCACGAGGUUAACAUGAUUCAUCCUGGGUAUGGUUUCCUUUCUGAAAACUCCACAUUUGCUCGUAAGGUCGAAGAGGCAGGAAUCGCUUGGAUCGGUCCUUCUUACAAGACCAUUGAUGCUGUUGGAGACAAGGUUUCUGCCAGAACUUUGGCUUUGGAAAACAACGUUCCUGUUGUGCCAGGUACCCCGGGACCAAUUGACUCCACUGAGGAGGCCAAAGCGUUUGUCGAGAAGUACGGCUACCCUGUUAUCAUCAAGGCUGCCUUCGGAGGAGGUGGUCGUGGUAUGAGAGUGGUUAGAGAGGGUGACGACAUCGAAGACGCCUUCAACAGAGCCAGGUCCGAGGCAUUGACUGCCUUCGGCAACGGUACUUGUUUCAUUGAACGUUUCUUGGACAAACCAAAGCACAUUGAAGUUCAAUUGCUUGCUGACAACUACGGAAACGUUAUUCACUUGUUCGAAAGAGACUGUUCUGUGCAGAGAAGACACCAGAAGGUGAUUGAGAUUGCUCCAGCAAAGAACUUGCCUCGCAAGGUUAGAGAUGCUAUCUUGACUGACGCCGUCAAGUUGGCUAAGUCUGCCAACUACAGAAACGCCGGUACAGCUGAGUUUCUUGUGGAUGAACAGGACAGACACCACUUCAUCGAAAUCAACCCUAGAAUUCAGGUGGAGCACACUAUUACCGAAGAAAUCACCGGUGUGGAUAUCGUGGCUGCCCAGAUCCAGAUAGCUGCUGGUGCUACCUUGCAGCAAUUGGGCUUGCUCCAGGAUAAAAUCACCACUCGUGGAUUUGCUAUUCAGUGUAGAAUCACUACCGAGGACCCUGCCAAGAACUUCCAGCCUGACACUGGUAAGAUUGAGGUUUAUCGUUCCGCUGGUGGUAACGGUGUGAGAUUGGAUGGUGGUAACGGUUUUGCCGGUGCUGUGAUCUCUCCCCACUAUGACUCCAUGUUGGUCAAGUGCAGUUGUUCUGGUUCCACUUACGAGAUUGCGAGAAGAAAGAUGUUGAGAGCCUUGAUCGAAUUUAGAAUUAGAGGUGUUAAGACUAACAUCCCCUUCUUGUUGGCCAUGCUUACCAACGAGACUUUCAUCAAUGGAAACUGUUGGACCACCUUUAUCGAUGACACUCCUUCCUUGUUCCAGAUGAUCUCUUCGCAGAACAGAGCCACUAAGUUGUUGAACUAUCUCGGAGACUUGGCUGUCAACGGUUCUUCCAUUAAGGGUCAGACGGGACUUCCUAAGCUUUCUACCGAGGCUUUGAUUCCUAUCUUGCACGAUCCUAAGACUGGUCUUCCUGUCGAUGUGGAUGGUGCUGUGACUCCUAGAGGGUGGAGACAAAUUCUUCUUGAGCAGGGUCCUGAGAAGUUUGCUCAGCAGGUUAGAGCAUUCAAUGGUACCUUGAUUACCGAUACUACAUGGAGAGAUGCACACCAGUCCUUGUUGGCUACCCGUGUCAGAACCAUUGAUUUGGCAAAUAUUGCCCGUUCCACUGCUUUCGCAUUGAACGGUGCGUUCUCCUUGGAAUGUUGGGGUGGUGCCACUUUCGAUGUCAGCAUGAGAUUCCUCUACGAGGAUCCAUGGGCUCGUUUGAGAAAAUUGAGAGCUUUGGUUCCUAACAUUCCUUUCCAGAUGUUGUUGAGAGGUGCCAACGGUGUGGCAUACUCUUCAUUGCCGGACAAUGCCAUUGACCAAUUUGUCAAGGAGGCUAAGGACAACGGUGUCGACAUUUUCAGAGUUUUCGACGCCCUUAACGACUUGGAUCAAUUGAAGGUCGGUGUUGACGCAGUCAAGAAAGCGGGUGGUGUCGUUGAAGCCACUGUCUGCUACUCUGGAGACAUGUUGCAGCCAGGUAAGAAGUACAACUUAGAGUACUACUUGGAUGUUGUUGACAAGAUUGUCAAAAUGGGUACUCACUUCUUGGGUAUUAAGGAUAUGGCUGGUACUUUGAAGCCAAAGGCUGCAAGCCUUUUGGUGUCUAACAUUAGAGCUAAGUACCCCAACUUGCCAAUCCACGUUCAUACUCAUGACUCUGCUGGUACUGGUGUUGCCAGUAUGGAUGCUGCUGCUAAGGCUGGUGCUGAUGUUGUGGAUGCAGCCUCCAACGCUAUGUCUGGUAUGACUUCUCAGCCAUCUAUCAGUGCCUUGCUUGCAUCUUUUGAAGGUGAAGUGAACCAUGGAUUGAGCGAAGACUUGGUCAGAGAGUUGGACAACUAUUGGGCCCAGAUGAGAUUGCUCUACUCUUGUUUCGAAGCUGAUUUGAAGGGUCCUGACCCAGAGGUGUACCAACACGAGAUCCCAGGUGGUCAAUUGACCAACUUGAUCUUCCAGGCCCAGCAAUUGGGAUUGGGUGAGAAGUGGUUGUUGACCAAGGAGAAAUAUAAGGUCGCCAAUAAGCUUUUGGGUGAUGUUGUCAAAGUUACUCCAACUUCUAAGGUCGUCGGAGACUUGGCCCAGUUCAUGGUUUCAAACAAUCUUACUGAGGAGGAUGUCAUCAAGUUGGCCCCUGAGUUGGACUUCCCAGACUCGGUUUUAGACUUCAUGGAAGGUUUAAUGGGAACCCCAUACGGAGGAUUCCCAGAACCUUUGAGAAGCAACAUGUUGGGUAACAAGAGACCAAAGUUGGACAAGAGACCAGGCUUGACGUUGCCACCAGUUGAUUUCGCAAAGGUCAAGGAAGAAUUGAUUUCUCGUUACGGAGACAACAUCACUGAGUGUGACAUUGCAUCUUACGUCAUGUACCCUAAAGUGUACGAGGCAUACCGUGCAAGCUUGGAGAAGUAUGGAGACUUGUCUGUUUUGCCAACUCGUUACUUCUUGAAGCCAUUGGAUGUCAAUGAAGAAAUGGUUGUCGACAUUGAGCAAGGUAAGACUUUGAUCAUCAAGUUGUUGGCAGUGGGAGAGAUCUCGAAACAGACCGGUACUAGAGAGGUGUUCUUCGAGUUGAACGGUGAAAUGAGAUCUGUCACUGUGGACGACAAGACUAUUUCCAUCGAGACCAAGACCAGACCUAAGGCUACCCAACCAAACGACAUUGGAGCCCCAAUGGCUGGUGUCGUUGUGGAGGUCAGAGUCAAGAAGGACCAGGAGGUCAAGAAGGGAGACCCGGUCGCCGUAUUGAGUGCUAUGAAGAUGGAGAUGGUAAUCAGUGCUCCAGUGAGUGGAAAGAUUGGAGACCUUGAAAUCAAGGAGGGAGACUCGGUUGACUCGGGUGACUUGAUCGCCAGUAUCUUCAAGUAG